AUGAUGCUGCCCGACACAGCAUCCUCGGAACAAUGGAAGACCUUCCUCCACCGAUGCCUAGCGCAUCGAGUAGAUGUCGACGAAUUCAAAGGCCUAACCAAGCUGAUGCUGGCUCGAUCCCCAGUCAAAGAGGAUGAACUCCUUGAUCUGCUCUUGGAGGCGCGUGCAAGCUCCGUGAUUGCCUGGGACCCACUGUUACCUGUCUAUGUUGACAGUCUAUGCAAGAGUGGGCGGGUUAAGAGCGCCGCGGCGCUCGUUGCGCUAUUGAAGCAUUCUUCUAUCCGGGGCCUGAGCGUUAAAAGGAGGGCGAGUACGCUUAUGACAGACAUUAAGGUCAUCCAAGAUGUCAUGAUGGCUGUGAGUACUGGGAGUAUUCCUCGGUCUGUUGCUGAGGCGGCGGACCUUUAUGCAGCUACUGUUGAGUGGAUUGUGGCUGUUUCGCUCGGUAUUCUUCUUGCCGCGCUGUCUGGGACGACGAAGGGUCUGGAGAUGUUGUCCAGUCAUGACCGUCAAGAUUUGAAAACAAAGUUGGGUCAGGCGUUAUCUAGCUAUCUGCCCCUGUGCGUCGAUGUAUCUCUGCCAUUGCGGCAUCGGUUGGAUACGAUUCAGAAAGAUUUCAAUCUCUUUGGAGAGCAAUCUUCUAAAUCGAUGGAGCAUUCUGCCAUCGACGGUAUGAAUGUCAACGCUCUCCAGUUUGAGGCGUCGGUUAUGGACGGUCCUGUCAUCAACACUAGAGCUGGUCUCUAUGUGUAUCUAAACUCCGUGCUUGUUGGUCGCCCGUUGGUUGAUGACAAUAUCCUCAUUAACUACCUCACCAAUCGCUACGAGGGCCACCAAGAAGCCCUUGUCGCAGAUAUAAUCACGGCGUCCUUCGACGUGCUGUCCAAUGGCGUCUAUCGCACUGAGUCCAGUCGGACUAUGUUCUUAUUCCGGUCCUUCCUUGUCAACAAACUUCCAGCAUUCUUUGCGGCCAUGACUGCAGCUUCGAUGGUGCCCAUCAGUAUUGAGAUGUGUAUUACACAAGCGCUCAGCCGACUGGAUCCGAAUGCCUUCCCUUCCUUUUCUCAGAUGUUCUCUAUGCAAGGCAGUAGCGUUCUAUCGGAUGCUCGUCAGGAAUUUCUGUUUGCCUGCGCGUCCCACAGACUCAUCACCGAGACCAGCAUCGAACGUCUUCUGGGCGAGAACCCCAUGCAAACCUUACCGGUUGGCGGUCCUUACCACAAGGAUGACCUUGUCUCACAAAUCAGCUCUAACCUCGAACGGGCGGAUCAAUUGGUCGGUGAAAUUGAGUCCAUGGAGGGCAAUGCCGGUGCUAUUGUCGGAGCCAUUACUGAGGUCAUGUUCAACCUGUGCAACCAAAAAGAGACCAUGACUCUAAAGAACAUCUGCAAUUCCCUUUCACGGCGCCCCCAAGCACUGGAUGUCAUGCUUCUUUUCCGAACUACCAAGCAAAUCCUUCAACCUCUCUGUGCCCUCUUGGACUCUUGGCGAUGGGAUGAUGAUCAGAGCGAGAACCAGCCAGUUUAUGAUGAAUUCGGAAGCAUUUUGCUUCUAGUUCUGGUAUUCAAGUAUCGCUAUGACUUGAGUCCGUCCGAUAUGGGAAUCUCGAGCAAUGACUCAUUUGUGCUGAAACUACUGGACAGGGGCUCCUGCAGCUUGAAACUGACGGAGCUGAGCGAGAAGCAGAACAAGGAUAUAGGUGGCUGGAUUGCGGCUUUGUUCAUUGCUGAGGGUAUCAGUGAAGAAACCAUGUCUGCUUGUAGUCCCCAGGAAUUCUAUAUGCUAGUUGCGACGCUUUUCGACCAGAGCCUAGGCGCAUGCGAAUCUGGAAAACUGGACUUUGAGACGUUGAAGGGCGGUUUCGAAUACCUUCUCGAACCCUUUCUACUACCAUCCCUAGUCGUCGCAUUGACCUGGCUCGGCAAUCAUAUCUGGGAAUCCGAGAUCGAUCCUACAAUCCCACUACAAACCCUUCUCUCUCUUGUCAAGCCUAACUCCAUCUCCGGCGAAGCGCAAGCCAUCCACCAAACAGUCCUGAAUAUCACCGCCCGUCCCUUAGAAGAACAGCUCAAAGACGUCCGAACACGGCACCAAUCCCGCACCGACAUCAAACCCAUCCUCGACUCCCUUGAACCCUACCUUUCCUUCCGCCGAGUCGGCAGCUGCCACCGAUCCGAACUCGACAACUGGGCCGCCCAAACAGCAGGCGGCCUCCCAGGAAGUAUCCGCAACACCCUCCAAUCACUCGUCCUCUGGAGCGCAAGUUCCGAGAUCACUCUCGCACCCCAGUCCUACACCCACCGUCAGCUUCUCGCGGGGAUUCGCAUCCUCGGUUCGGCGCGCAUAUUAACCGCAAUCCUCGACGAAGUCAAGCAGCAAACAGAAGCAGGAAGCGGUGAUCUUGCACUCGAUAUCGCGGCGACUAUGAUCUGCGCACCUAUGGCUGAGUCUUUCGCCGUGGACCAGAACACCUGCCACCCAGUUGAUUCGAGCAAGGAAGCUCUCCCCCGCUGCCCGGUCCUCACCCUCCGCGAUGCACUUGCCCUGCAACACGAUACCGUGCCUAAAAUCUCCGAGAAAGAUCCCCUGCGCGCACAGGUCGUCGUCCGCCUCUGGCGCCGCGUCGUGUCCAACAUCGACGUCAGCAAUAUCAUUCAUAACAUGCACCUCGGUGUCGAAGGCCAAGAUCGCAUGGAUCUUGAACCUACCGCCGGCGUUGGUGUCGACGAUGAGACCGAUAAUAUCAACCAGAUGCUUGAUGAUGCCACUGCUGCGGCGGCGGCGGGUAUCGAUACUGGUGUUGUUGGGCAUGAUAUGGGACAGGGUCUCGGACAAGAUAUGGGGUUGGGUACAGGGACAGGCAUGGAUGACAUCGAUGAUGUGCUCAAUGCUGCGGAUAUGGCAGUUGGGAAUCCGGAAUUCUUGGAUUUAGAUAUGGAGGGGAUGUUCUAG